CCCUUCGAGCAUGCGCAGCGCUUAGCGUCACCGUGGCCCCGGCAACCGCCAGGCCCCGCCCGCCGGUGUCCUGCAGAAAGAGGUCCGGCAGGGCGCGUGGAGCGGAGGCGGUGUGGACCGCGAGUUUGGCGUGGAGCAGUGCACCUAUGACACAUGUUUUAGAAACAGAACAUUUUGGUUCAAAGAAAGAAUGGCUCUCAGUCUAUCUGUAUUUUCUCAAGAAAGUGAAAAAAAGAAUGCAGAUUGUAUGGAAAGAAAACAGUCACAAACUGUUUCCAUAGCUUCAGAAGACCCUCUUCAGAACUUAUGCUUAGCAUCUCAGGAAGUGCUUCUCAAGGCUCAACGGAGUGGGAGGUCACGGUGUCUCCAAUGCGGUGGCUCAAGGAUGUUCUACUGUUACACCUGCUAUGUCCCAGUGAAAAAUGUGCCCACUGAGCAGAUUCCACUUGUGCAGCUUCCAUUGAAGAUCGAUAUCAUUAAGCAUCCAAAUGAAACAGACGGCAAAAGCACUGCUGUGCAUGCAAAGCUCUUAGCGCCCAGUUCUGUGAGCAUCUACACAUACCCGUGCAUUCCAGAGUAUGAAGGGAAGGACCAUGAGGUUGUACUUGUUUUUCCUGGGCCUCAGUCCGUCUCAAUAAAAGAUGUUUCUUCUCAUCUGCAAAAACGGAUUGAGAGUAAAGGUAGAAGCAAACCUGAUGAGCUUGAUGUGCCACCUUUUAAACUCAAGCGAACCGAGGCAGAGGGAGGCUCUGGUUUGACUGAGAGCGUGUACAAAGGCCCAGCAUUGAAGAGAGUGGUCUUCAUUGACAGCACCUGGAGCCAGACAAACCAGAUAGCCUCUGAUGAGCGCCUUCGGGAGUUAUUACAAGUUGAACUGAAAACAAGAAAAACUUGCUUUUGGCGCCAUCAAAAAGGGAAGCCAGAGACUUUCCUUUCCACAAUUGAAGCCAUUUAUUACUUCCUGGUAGACUACCAUAGUCACAUGCUGAAAGAGAAGUACAAAGGACAAUAUGACAAUCUUUUAUUCUUCUAUUCUUUUAUGUACCGCUUGAUAAAGAAUGCCAAAGGCUCUGGAGAGAAGACAAAACCAAAGCUCAUCCAUUAGUUCCGCACACUCAGCUUGUCAUAUUGCUCUGCUAAUGUUCACAAGCUUGCAGUUGAGCCUGUUUCCUCUGGGGAAAUAAUCAUGCCCGGUGUCUGUGGGAGGACUCAGGAGGAAAGUUCCAGUCUUGUUCCUUUUUAAAGAGAUGGUCCUGAUUGAAAGACAUAGUUCAGAAGCUAUGUGCUCAGUUUGGGCAUAUCUCAGUUGCAUUGUACAUUUUAAUAUGUUGUGUUAGAUUUACAUGAUUGACAUUAUAUAUGAUUAGAUAUUGCCUUAUCUUUUCACUUAUCUUCACCUUCAGCUUUGGACUUAUAGUCAGAAUCUUUUGGCAAAACAUAAUUUGCUUAGGGUUAGUGGCAGAAUCAGCAGAGGUGGUGUGUUGUCUCUCUGUGUAAGUCUGCACUUCCUCCUCUGCCUGGCCUCUGCACUAGGGGAGAACUGUGGCAUCAUGUGGCCCUGCCAGAGGGAUUUGCGUAUGAUCUGUUGUGGCAAGUCAGGUGACCCAGGGCUAAGAGUACACGGCCCAACAGAAUCUCGUCUGUUUUGGUGUGCUAGGGAUGCCAUAGGAGAUUUAUUUUUUCAAGAGUGAACAAUAUGGGUUAAAAUAAAAUUUCUCAUGUUUACAACAUAUCUUUAGAAAUAAAGGUCAGCUUAAAUUGAUUUAAGUAGGACAAAGUCUAGGUAUGGUAGGGGUGUAUGCUAAAGUUAGGCUUCUCUGAGCCAAAUCUAUUGCCAUUUCUGCAGUUCUACAAGCCAUCAAAGCAGUGGAAAGGCUGAAGGAAAAAGAGGAGAGAAUGAUCUUACUACUCAUCUGCCCAUCCCACAGCAGCCAUAAGAAAGAUGGCCCUCAUGCCUUGUCUUGUUUCUCUUUGUGUGAUAAGCUCUAAAAAUGGCCUUAACCUACUGUUCCCAUAUAAUGGCCCUUCAGACCUUCUGGUGUUGCUUUGAAGUACCCCUCACUCUGAAUCUGAGCCAUAAACAUUUCCAAGUUAGCUGUAUUUCUAUUUUUGUGGUUUGGCUGUUGAUGUAUAAAUGUACACGGCUGUGCUAACCUGCUGGAGGGUGCAACGUUGCCCUUAUUCUGCCCCUGUACUCCUGUGUAGGUCAGGUGACUUGACAACCACCUACCUGACUCCUGAUAUGUGGGCAAGGAGUGCCUUACACCAACGCUGAACUGUUUUACAGCAUUGUUGUGCCAGUAGACAGCCCAUCUAUGGAUGCUGUAUCAGAUGCAUCUCAAGCAUCCAGGAAGGGUUUUAGCCCCAUUAUUUCUUAAACUCUCAAUAAAUGGCCUUGUCUUAAUUCCCAUCUUAUACACUAACAACACCAGUAGGCUUUCAGGAUUCCAAAAGGGAAUUUAGAAUUCCCUUUUGUGGCUGCCAAAAGGGCCUUGGGAUGUAACCUGAAAUGUUAGUGAAACUGACUAGAUUAAUGGCCUAGAUGUGUCUGGUACACUCCUCUCCCUUCAGAAGACUGUUUCCAGGUACUCAGCCUGCUAAUCCUGACAUGACCAUUUGGUUAGGCAAGCAUACUUGCCAAGAGACCGACACUGUCUCUUCAUGGACUCCAUGCUACAACAGCAGAUGCUAUCCAGUGAUUUGUCAGUUUGAAUUUGGUUCUCCUCCUUCCUCAUUUGUUUUCCUUCUUUCAGUUUUUCCACCCAGGAUCAUUCAGUCUAAUAAAAUUGCAAAUUCAAUCUUACCCUCAGACUCUUCCAUGGAGGCCAACUAUUUUAGGUAGGAUUUGGUUAGAAAAGCAGACGUCACUCAAAGUGUUAGCAUACUUUUUAAAACAAGUGUAGUGAAGAAAUUGGAGUUUCCCUAAAGGUGAAGUUAUUGGGGGAGUAAGUCCGGAAGGAUUGGAGUACCCAGGUCUAACUGUACAGACCUGUAAGGAAAGCCUCUUCAUCACUCUUCCACACAUCCAGGCUGAGUGACAGGCCUUCUCAACCCAUCUGAAACCUUAAGAAGUCCUAAAGGGACUUUGCUUCGUCUUUUCUUUGAGCCCAUGUUAAUUUGGUCUUUGUCCCAGGCCUGUCUUUAGUAAGCCUUUUAUUUGAUGAAAAAGAAUUUCAUUUUCAAUGCAGAAUCCUAGUUUCUGUGCUUCCUCUCAGUUCCAUCUAUAUGCCACCUCGUCUCAGUUUCUCUCCUUACAGUGCCUUAUCUAUUGCAGUUACUAGCCACUGGCUUCCUUGGAAUCUCCCCAAUUAUCACAAAUACAGUAGGUACGUUAGGAAAACUGAUGUCUUCCAUGUUAUGGAAGAGUGAUGUAUCAAUGUUUGGUCUCCAAAAACUAUGGUUAAAUAGCGCCAAUGAAAACUAUUGCUAAUUGUUUAAUCAACUUUAAUUGGAGACCAUCAACUGAAAAAAAUCAUUGUCCAUUCUUUAUCAUUUAUCACCAGACAGUGCAUACAGACCAUAGGAAAAAAUGGAAGGAAAAGUGUUGAACACAAAGGAAAAAGACUAUGGAGUAUUUUUAAGAAGAUUAUUUAUUUAAAAAAUACAAUUUGAUAGUAUGUAAUAAAAUAGAGAUCCUAGAAAUUGAGUAACUACUGAAAUAAUUCAAUACAUGAGUUGGAAGAUCAAGUAUCAGAAAACUCUAAUUUCUAAAUGCUUGUUAGCCCUGUUAAAUGUUGUAACUGAGAUCAUGGACUACAUGUUCAUUACUGAAUAAAGCAAACACAGCAACCUAAAAUGUG